AUGAGAUUAUCAUCAUAUAAUAUGCUUCAAAUACCUACAGCCUGUAUUGAUGGAAGGAAUAAUGAUACGAUUUUUAUUUUUGGUGGUAUUCCUUAUAAUAAAUCAUUCGUUAAUCAAAUUGGUACAACAGAACCACUAGACAGCUAUGCUCCAUAUUCAUUUGAAGAAGAACAUUCUUUAGAGAAUAUAACAAGACAAGCCAAAUUUUCUAAAGAUAAUUGGAAUUAUGAAUUAAAAUAUAUACAAAAUUAUGAUGUACCUAAAGUUAAAGAUACCUGGAUCUUGGUCAAAUCAAUCGAAUUACCAUUACAAAAGAGAAAUAACAAUUUUGUAAUUCAACAAGUGUGUGACCUAUGUGAAGCAUUACUAUUUAUAAAUAGUUUAUUCUUGGAAAAUAUUACGAAAAUAGAUUUAAUAGAACAAUUAAUACCACCAGAAACGCCAGCAAUUCCAAGACGAACUCGACGUCCCAGUAUUCCAAAAAUUCGCGAGAUAAGUGGCGUAAAACGUGGUGAUGUGAUAAUUUGUAAUUGGACUUCUUAUGUCGAAGUUUUAUACUUGGCUUUCAGGUUUGAUCCUAUUUUCACGCAAAUUUAUCCAUCAACCAAUACUUUACGACCAAUAUCUUUGUGGACUGCACUCAAGUUGGCAGGUUCAUACCCCGAAGUUGCGCCACCCAGUAGUGUCAAAACUUAUAGUCUCCAGGAAUUAGUAAAUGAUGCUACAAUAAAUAAUUGGGGUCCGAUCAUUAUUUUUCCUGAGGGAACGACAUCGAAUGGACGUGCACUUUUGAAAUUCGUUCCCAUUUUUAAAGGGUUGUCGUUACCAAUAAAAGACUUUUCGAUACACGUUUUAAGUAUAAGGUAUGAAUAUGAAAACUUUUCACCGACUUAUACUGUUGGAAAUAAGUUCUGGCAUUUUAUAAGGUUAUGUAGUCAGUAUUAUAAUGUCCUUCAUAUUAAGAUCCUUGCACCUGAAGAGUCCCUGUCUUCUCCUAAUUUUGCGGUUCCUGCUGCACGAUCAUCUGUUUUGCCUUCGCCGUCAAUAACACAGGAUGAUGUUGUUGGCUCUCAUAUUCUAAAUUUGAUGGGUCAACUUGGUAGAAUGCGCAAAACUAACUUAGGGAUGGAAGAUAAAAAAGCCUUUUUGGAUUUUUAUUGGGAAAGAACAAGUGGAUAUGCAAAGAAAAAGAAAUAA